AGGAAAGAUCAACAACGAAUAUAGUAGAUUAGAACUCAUAUCUUUAGCUCAUACGAUGGCCGGUUUGAGGUCUUUAGCUCUCGUUGCAUUGCUUGUUUCAAGCUUUGUUGUGGUUUCGCAGAGCCGAGUGGCAAGAAAGGACCUGGGUGUGGAUCUGGGUGGGGUGGGAGUUGGAUUGGGUGUUGGUGUAGGCCUUGGGUUAGGUGGGAGUGGUUCAGGCUCAGGCUCAGGCUCAGGCUCGGGCUCGGGCUCGGGCUCUGGAGCUAGUUCUGGAGCAGGUUCGGCUUCUUCAUCAGGUUCAGGGUCCGGCUCAGGCUCAGAAGCAGGUUCAUACGCCGGGUCAUACGCUGGUUCCAGGGCUGGGUCAGGAUCCGGAAGUAAUCAAGGACGAGGAUCAGGCUCUGGGUCAGGCCAAGGGCAUGGUCAAGGUUCAGGUUCUGGCUCUGGAUCUGGUUCUGGUCAUGGUGAAGGAUAUGGGGAGGGCUCUGGCCGAGGAAGCGGCUCUGGUGAAGGAUCAGGCCAUGGCGAAGGUUAUGGCUAUGGUGAAGGCUCAGGGCGUGGAAACUAAAUGACCAAGAACAUAAAGAGUAUAAUAAAAGAAUAAAAUGGUCGUCUCUAUUUGACUAUGUGGAGAAGAAAUAAGUAGAUGAGACCUAUGUGCAUGUGAAUAAUAAUCUUUAUUAGGGCAUGUACGUUGUAGCCAUUAUGUACUUCCCUUCUUUAAUAUUACUGCGUGUUCCUACAUAUUUAGAGCCGCC